AUGGUAUUUGUACAUAUGUUUCUAGGAACAGAUGAGCUCACCUCCCCACCAACAAACGUGAACAAUCGAUUGACUGUGGGCGUCAAGAACUACUUCUUCAACUCAUCGCGUUACGCUCAGGGGAUAGCCUUCUUUGAGAAGUUUGUUGAAGAAGAUCCGCAAUUAGUGAGCAUCAUUGCGGAGGCGAUGGAUAUGCUCAACCAGACUGGCAAAGCCGUCUGCUUACUCGCGAAGAAUAUCUUAGUG